AUGGCCUUGUAUAUGAAAGCAGCUGAUAUUCUUGAUAAAGUUGAACAGAAAAAGGGAGCUGUGAAAACUUUGGUUUACGACAGUAAAUUCCAGAAUAUCAAGCAGCUCUUUGCCCUUGUCUGCGAGACCCAAAAAUAUUCGUCUGUGCUCCAAGAGAUCAUUGAUAGCACCAAACUUCUCAAGGAGACCAAGCUCAAAGUGAAUUUAGCCAAGGUGUUAGUGUAUGAUUUGCUCAUUGGUCACGGCGUAAAAUGCGGCGGAAGCUGGAAAGCGAUGAUGAUGAAGCACAAGCCGAGACUCCAGGCCGCACUGGCGCGGAUGAAGGUCAAACAGAAAGUUAGCCGAAAUCAGGACCUGCUGCCUUCUCGCUUUCAGCAGGCAGAAGGAAAUCGUUUACCGCGGUAUGUUCGGGUAAACACAUUGAAAACAACUGUAGAGGAUGUUAUUGACUACCUGAAGAGAGAGGGCUUCUCUUACCAAGGCACGGCAAGAAGUCUACAGGAUCUGAGCCACUUGUCUGGGAAGGCAUUUGUCAGUGACCUGCACCUUCAGGAGCUUCUGGCUUUCAGUACCAGAAUGGACUUCCACGACCACUUUCUCUACAAAGCAGGACAUAUCAUAUUGCAGGACAAGGCCAGUUGUCUCCCUGCGUACCUUCUCAACCCACCUGCUGGAAGCCACGUUAUCGAUGCCUGCGCAGCCCCUGGAAACAAAACCAGUCACCUGGCAGCAAUCAUGAAGAACAAAGGGAAACUGUUUGCCUUUGACCUGGAUGCCAAACGCUUAUCUACCAUGAGCACCCUGCUUCUGCGGGCGGGUGUCACAUGUCAGCAGUUGGCCAAUGAGGAUUUUCUGAAGGUGGACCCACUGGGCCCGGAGUACAAAGACGUUGGACACAUUCUCCUCGACCCCUCGUGCAGCGGAUCAGGAAUGGUGUGUCUGCGAAACAGCAGUGCAGAACCACAGGAGCGGGACGCGGGUCGACUGGAAGCCCUGGCGUCGUUUCAGCUGCGCUGUCUUAACCACGCGUUACAGUUUCCCUCGGUUCAGCGUGUGGUCUACUCAACCUGUUCCAUACACACAGAGGAAAACGAGGAUGUAGUGAGUGCCUGUCUACAGCAAAACCCUGGUUUCAGACUGGUUAACCUUCUCCCUGAGUGGCCAGAGCGGGGGCACGCUCCCCUCCCCCAGUGUCUGCGAGCCAGCACAGCCGAAACGCUCACCCACGGAUUCUUCGUGGCCCUGCUGGAAAGACGGCCGUCAGAAAACGAGGAGGAAAACCGACCAAUCCCGCCCACUGUUGAGGAGCUGGCCUCAGACGAGCCCUCGGCUGGGGACGCGGACGGGGAACGCGGUUCCGGUAAAGGAGAAGUGGAGAACCCCGGCGUAAAAAGGAAAAGAAAACAUAAAAAGAAACACAAAAAGGAAUAACUCUGGACUUUUGACCUUUGGAAGGGACAUUUUUCCCGGAUCUGUGUUUCACAAUUUGGUUUGAAGCUGUGGAUGUGACUAUGUCUUUUCUUACACGUUUGACUUGGCCGAAUAUGUUCACGUGCACAGAGAUAUGCUGUCAUGUUGGAAUCAGGGCUUUACUCAGCAUCGUAAAAAUGAUACUUAAAUAUGAUAUUUGGAGAUACUUAAUACAAGUUGCC